AUGCCAGAUUUACUUCAAUUGAUCGUCAACCAGACGUCUCCAGAUAACAUUGUUCGAAAAUCUUCAGAGCUAGAAUUCAAUGAGGUUGUGAAACAGAACCCAUCCGAGACUACGUAUUUAAUACUAGAAGCAUCACUAAACAAUUCGAUCUCUGUUGAUAUCCGACAAUCUUGUUUACUUCACUUGAAAAGACUAGUGCCCAAGUUCUGGUCAUUGGGGUUCCCUUCUUUCAUUGGACCGCCAAUUGAUCAAGAGUUGAAGAAAGUUGUGAGAACUAAAUUGUUGGAAUUGGUUUUGGGGUCGGGAAAUUCCAAACUCAGAAAUGGGGCUGCUUACGCGAUUGUGCAGAUUGCAUCGGUUGAUUACCCUGACGAAUGGCCGGACUUGAUUAAUCAAUUGUAUACAGCUGCUUCUGAUUUGAGCAAUGAGGAUGCAAUGUUGGGUGGAUUGCAAGUGUUGACCGAUUUGAUCGAUGAUUUGAUCACAGAAGAGCAAUUUUGGAAUGAGGGGGUGGGUCUUGGUAUCAACACCCAUUUGAACCAAAUCUUGCAAAACUCGGGGGUAAACAUCUCGGUAAAAAAACAAGCUUUAAAGUUGUAUGAGAACGUUGUGGCAGUUUAUGAGAGUCCUGAAGCGUUUGCCAAUGCAGCUAGGAAGGAGACUGUUCUUCAACAGAUUAACGAAACUUUACAAAUUUUGUUGAACUUGAUAAAAUCAGACGGCACGAAUUUGAUUCAGUUGGACUUCAAAAGCAACUUAUUCAAAGUACUUGCUUCAGUCGUGGGCCACUUCCACAAGCGGAUUGCAAUCGAUUUGAAACGAAACUUGAUGAUAGCCACGGUUCAAAACUUGCAUUUGUUAGCUCCGGUGUACAAUGCUGUUGCGUUGAACACGUUUGAUGCGCCCCAGCUGUCCGAGUUGGAUGCACAAGAAACUCUCAAUGCUUUGAUUUACAACUUGUUCAACACUAUAGCUAGUAUUCAACACGAUGUACUGAUUUCCAGCGUGUCCCCCAUUGAGGAAUUUUACAAUGAUGCAGUUGUGUGCUCGGCAUUGCCUAAGGAGAAAUUGGAAGAGUAUGAUGAAGACAUCAAUCUGUAUGUGAGUGAUAUUACUGGCCUAUCCGUGGACAUUAUUGCUCGUGAUGCAAUACUAGACUUUUGGGGUGAAUUGAAUGAAACCGAUGCCCGUGGGAUUUGCAAUUUGAUUGUCGGACAGUUUUUCACUGAUGAGAGAUUACUAGAGGCCGAGCUUUACACAUUGGAAGGCUUGUUGUCAAACGAUGUGAAGCUACCAGAAGUUGAAUUGAACAGGUUGCUUUCAAUUAUAACUUAUAACAGCAAGAUAGUUGCGUCUCGAUGCAUAUUACUUUUGCCAAAGUACUUUGAAAAUUUCAUGGAAAAAGAGGCACGUAGGGUGUUUGCCGACAUUAUUUCGUUUGCCGAAAAGGGAGAUGCGCUAAUCCGGGUGUCUGCGCUUGUCAGCUGUGGGUAUUUCCAGCAAGUGAUUGAAUUUUCGGCCUUGGACAACUCUCUUCAGUUAACCAUAUUUCAACUUGUUUACUCGUUGGUGGAUGAGUGUGAGGAAGAUGGACUCCCUGUCUUGUUGGAGGCUAUAACACUGGCAAUAUCAAUCAACCAAUCAAAUGCAGCAAAGUCACAAAUUGUAGUUGGGGUUUCCGUCGUUGACUUGAUUUUCAAAAUUGCAUUCAAGGACCCAGCCAAUGUGCAGUUAAUCUCUGAUUCCUCAGACUGCUUAACUGAGCUAUUACUAGGCAUUGACACUCAAGACUACAUCAAUGCUUGUGAAAAAUCGUUGCCUUUUAUAUUUGAAGUUAUGGAGCAGAGCAAUGGCGAAUAUACACCUCAGUUGUAUUUGAGUUUGGAACAUCUUGGUAUAAUUGUGAAAUCAGCCCCUGGGGAAUUGCCCGCCAAAAUAUUUGAAUACGCGUAUCCAAUAUUACAAAAUGUCUUACUUAAAUCAUCAGACGACCAGGUACUCCAAAGUGGUGGUGAAGUGUUUGAUGAAUUGAUCUGCAAAGCAUCCGGUUUGUUCAUCAACUACAAAGAUCCAUCUGGCGUUUCCGGACUUGAGUCAAUGAUGCAAAUUGUCUCCAAGUUUUUAUCUCCCCAGUUGUCCGAUAGUGCUGCAAAUAAAUGUGGAUUGAUAGUGGCAUCACUAGUGAGCGAAUUUCAAGACUAUUUAUCUCCAGGGUUAUUGAUCCAAAUCCUUGAAGCGACUGUCAAUCGACUUGUAAUUGCAAAAGAAUCCGUCACAAUUGAAAACUUGAUUAUGGUAUUUUGCAAGCUCGUGUUAAAGUCUCCACAAGAUACAAUCAACUUUUUAAGCAGCAUGGUGGUGAAUGGCAAAUCUGGAUUAGAGGCGGUAUUGCCCAUCUGGUUUGAUUCAUACGAAGUUACUAGAGGAUUUGAUCAAAUAAAGCAAAACUCACUAGCAUUGGCGAGAAUAUUCACCUUGGGUGACCCGAGAAUUUCCAAUUUGUUGGUGAAUGGUGAGAUUAUCCCAUAUGAUGGAGACUUGAUUAUUACAAGAUCCAUGGCCAAAUCGAUGCCGGAUAGAUAUACCCAAAUCUCGGCAGCAUUAAAAAUUUUGAAGCUCUUGGUUGGAGAGUUGCAGUUCCAAUGCCAACAACCAGGAGUUGGCGAUUAUGCACAAGCCCAUGCAGUCGUAGAAGAAGAAAUAGAAGAAGAAGAAGAAGACGAGGAACAAAAGGCAAAUAACAAUGAUGUACAUGCUGACGAUGAUGAGGAUGGGUGGGAAGAUAUGGAUGAUAUUGGAGUGCCCAACUUUGCCAAGUUGAAGGCGUACAUUAACGAUGAUCACAAGGACAAGCCUGAUGAUGAUAGUUUGAAGACCUUGUUGGUGGAAUUUUUCAGAGAAUGUACAAGCAAGAAUCUUGGCAACUUCGGUCACUAUUAUGAAGAAUUGAAUGAUAAAGAGAAGACGAUUAUAGGCGAGUGUCUAAUCUUUUAG